AUGAGUAAUGUUCAUAUUAAUAUUCCUAUCAAUCAAUUAACAGCAAAUAACACAUUAAAAAAAUCAAUUUCUAAAUUAAUUAUUUGUAAUUCAUUGGACUUUACAUCUAAAGAUUUUCAUCUAGUUUUAGAGUAUUGUAAGUCUGAUACGAGAUAUGUUCAUACUACGUUUGAGUAUAUGAUGAACGAAUUAGAUAAAGCAAAGUGUAUAUCUUAUUUUGAGUUAUUUGUAUUUCUUUUUGAUAAAAGUAAAACAAUGAAACAAUUAAUGUAUCCUAGAAUUCAUAAAAUAUUUAGUAAAGCUUUUAGUAUUUCUUCAGUAAAAGAAAGAGCCAUUGAAUUAUUAAAACAGUUAGAUAAAAAAUAUGGAGAGUCAUACCCUUCUAUUAGAAUAGAACUUAACACACCAACGUUUUGUCAAACUGAAAAAGAUAUUGAACAACAUAAUGUAUUUGUAGAAAAAACAAAUGAAUCUGAAUAUCAAAUUAUUCUUAAACGAAUUGAUAAUUGGAAAAUUCAAUGUAAUGAACUUAAAAAACAAUGGUAUUAUACUAUGGAACAAAUUCUUCCUCAAUAUUAUAAUAAAAAACAAGAAUAUCAUGGAGAGCCUAUUAAUUGUAGUUGGGGAGUUACUAUUGAACUUUGUCAAACUCCUUAUGAAGUUUGGUGUAAAUAUGGAGGAACAACUAACCAACGAAUAAUUAUUGAUAUGAAAACACUUAAAGAGAAAAUAAUUUCACUUAGAGGGAGUAUAUGGAAUGGAUACAUUAGUUUUGUUUUAGUCCAAAGUAAAUUAAAAGAAAAAAGUACUGAUGAACAAGAACUAUAUAAAGAAAAAUAUAAAGAAGUUGUUAAUAUGAUCGAUUGUUUAGAUGAAAUUCUUUAUAAAGCAAGAGAGUUAAAAAUAUAA